AUGGUCAAAGUCGCAGUCGCAGGCGGCACAGGCGGUAUCGGUCUCCACAUUGUCGAAGGCAUCAUUGAGACCGGGCGCCACGAAGUUGUCGUGCUCUCUCGCCGUUCGAGCCAUCCCACCCUUGCCAAGAUCGGCAUUCGCAUCAUCGCCGUCUCGUACGACGACCACGCCGCCCUAGCCAAAGCCCUUGAAGGCGUGCAUACCGUCAUCUCCACCAUCUCCGGCUUCGAAGAGAGCACUUUCACGAAGCCGCAGCUCGCCCUCCUCAACGCAGCCGUCGAGGCGGGCGUGAAGCGCUUCGUGCCAAGCGAAUUCGCUGCGCGGUCGGCCCCAGACAGCCUUAUUGACCUCUAUCGUCUCAAGUGGCCUGUCGCAGAGGCGGCGAAGAAGAGCGGACUCGAGUACACAAUUUACGAGGUCGGCAUCUUCAUGAACUACCUCGCGAGCGGCACCGCCGGCACCGGGCACCUGCCCCCACGCGAAUUCAUGUUCGACAUCGAGAACUGCAAGGCGACGCUGCCUGGAGACGGAUCCACGUACCUCGUAUACACGCGAGCGGAGGACAUUGGGAAGUUCGUUGCGGCAAGCUUGGACUUGGAGAAGUGGCCCGAGUUUAGCCAGAUGAGGGGAGACAGGAAGAGGCUGAAUGAGAUAUUGCAGCUCGCGGAGCAGGUCCGAGGUCAAAAGUUCGAAGUGACAUACCUCCCUGAGGCGCAACUGGUCGAGACCCUCAAUUCGCGAAACCAGGUAUCACCUGAGCAACGUGAUGAAAAGUCUGGCACGCUCGAUCGGGAGAAGUUCUCGGCCCAGUGGUGGCUGGAGGCUUUGAGGAGGAAUCCGACCGGAUUCGAGGGCAAAAACCUCAACGAACUUUUUCCUCAGGUGAAGCCCGUGUGUAUUGCUGAUUUCCUGCAAGAAUGGUGGGGAAAGAACCUGUAAAACGAGCGCCGUUUGUAGAGAAUAAUCGUACGAAGAUCUAUGACUGACUUUUCGAAAUUUGAGUAGAGCACUGUCUUCGCAAUAUAUUUGGCAAGGGCAUGUCACGAGAGCUAUCAAG